AUGUUACUUUCGUCUGCUGCUCGUGCAGUCAAGUCUGCUCCUGCAUUUGGCCGUCGCUCAGCAUCUGCGAUAUCUACUAAAUAUGCUAGCGCUGCAUUUGGUGCCGCCCUGGCAAAAUCUUCCCAAACACUCACCAAAGUCGAGGCCGACCUUGCUAGCGUGUCCAAACUCAUAAAUGGCGACGCCGAAGUCAGGGAAUUUGUUUACAACCCUACUCUUUCAGCCAAGCAUCGUGCAGCGUCCCUAACUGCUGUUUUUUCCUCUUUGGAUGCCGGCGCAAAGAAGGAUCCUACCUCCGAAAUCACCAAGAAUUUGUUGGCCGUUUUGUCGGAGAACGGAAGGUUGGGAGAAUUGGAGGCAGUGAUUGAGAGCUUCAAUGCAUUAGCCGCAGAGCACAGGGGAGAACUCACCGUCAUUGUCACUUCUGCCGCCCCUCUUCCGAGAGAUAUUUUGACGCGACUCGAGACGACAUUGAAGCAAUCGCAGGCCGCUCAAAAGGCUCAGGUUCUCAAGAUCACCAAUAAGGUUAAUCCUACUGUGCUGGGCGGUAUCGUAGUCGAUUUUGGUGACAAGACCAUCGAUUUGAGUGUCCAAUCCCGAGUCACCAAGCUUAACAGCGUUCUUCAACGCAAGUAUUCUUCUUCAUACAUAUUUGCUGGUCGUACUGAUGGUUUAUCACCUUCAGAAUCGGUAUAA